UUGAGAUGGAAGAAAACUUCUCUCUCUGAAGAUUUAAAGGAGCUUUAGAAAAAACACACGCACACACAGAACCACUCGAAUUCACAGAGACGGAGCAAAUCACAGAGCAAAAGGAUAAAAGAUGAGUAGCAUAGGAACAGGUUAUGAUCUUUCAGUCACCACUUUCUCUCCCGAUGGUCGCGUUUUCCAGAUCGAAUACGCUGCCAAAGCCGUCGAUAACAGCGGUACUGUGAUUGGAAUCAAGUGCAAGGACGGCAUUGUCAUGGGUGUGGAGAAGCUCAUAGCAUCCAAGAUGAUGUUGCCAGGUUCAAAUAGAAGAAUUCACGCCGUUCAUCGUCAUUCUGGCAUGGCUGUUGCUGGUUUAGCAGCUGAUGGGAGACAAAUUGUUGCACGAGCAAAGUCUGAGGCAACCAAUUAUGAAAGUGUUUAUGGCGAACCCAUUCCUGUCAAGGAACUUGCUGACCGUGUUGCUAGUUAUGUGCAUUUAUGCACGCUCUAUUGGUGGCUCAGGCCAUUUGGUUGUGGGGUGAUUCUUGGUGGUUAUGACAGAGAUGGACCACAAUUGUAUAUGGUCGAGCCAUCUGGCAUAUCAUAUAGAUACUUUGGCGCUGCAAUUGGGAAGGGGAAGCAGGCUGCUAAAACAGAAAUAGAAAAAUUGAAGCUCUCUGAAAUGACAUGUCGAGAAGGGGUUAUUGAAGUAGCAAAAAUCAUCUACAAGGUGCACGAUGAAGCAAAGGACAAAGCCUUUGAACUGGAAAUGAGUUGGAUUUGUGAUGAAUCAAAGAGGUUGCAUCAGAAGAUUCCUGAUGAUCUCUUAGAGGAAGCCAAGGCUGCAGCACGGAUUGCACUUGAAGAAAUGGAUGCUGAUUAAAGCUUAAGAUAAAGCUGGAAACCCAUUGGAGACGGUUGCUGUCAGCCUGUCAUACUGUCAGCCUGUCAUACUGUCAUUCUCUCCUGAAGUUUCCUUGCCAAAAACUGAGUGGGCGGGAUUCGUGUUUCGAUGUGCGAUUCUUUCCCGCCCUUGCUCUUGUUCUUGUAUGGUUACCGUAUACUUGAUCUGACCAGGCUUUUUCUUAAACUAUUUGAAGGCAGAAUCAAUGAAAUCAUAGUAGAUGGAAAUCAUGUUUUUGCA